UAUAAGCUGCUUCCUCAAGAGGCAAGCCAAUAAAAUUACCACACAGUUUCACCCCUUUUUGUGUUCUGAUUUAUAAACAGUGAGUUUAAAUUAAUAUUGUUUAUUUUUGCAAUUUAUCAACUCGUGAUUUACAAUUCUGUGUUAACUAUAAGUACUGUUGUUAAUUAAUUCAUGAAGAACUUUAUUAAUAGCAACUCAAACCUAAUCAUGUCGGAAGAUGCUGAAUUCAUGUUUACAGCAGGUUCUAUUAUAUCUUUAAUUACAUGUCAUGAAGGUGUCUACGAAGGAGAGGUUUUAGCCUUUGAUUAUCAUAAAAAAAUAUUGCUAAUCAAAUGUCCGGCUAGCUCGGGACAAGCAAGUCUAAAUGAUGUCCAUCUAAUUAAUUUGAGCAAUGUAACGGACGUUAAAAUAAAAAAGGAAGUAAAAAAAGAGGACCUUAAUUCAACAUCGCUUCCCCACCUAAAUAUAAACAAAGUUGAGCUGAGAAAAAAACAAGCUAUUGAGGAGCGAAAACGGUUAGCCAAAGCUUUUGACUCUGGAGUCACUGAUGAAGGUAUCGAAGUCUUUCUGCAUCUGUCAAAAACCAUCGAUGCUGUUACUUGGGAGGGUAAAAAUAUUAUCGUGAUGAAAAAUGUUGUCAUCCAACCACCAUAUAAACCCGAGAAUUGUAUUCCAAGUAAUAGUUCAAAUAUGGCCGGAGACAAAAGGAACGUGAACUCAGCCAAAGUUUUGGAAGCCGUUUCCUACAUCAAACAGUUGUUGGAAAAAUAUUGGAACAAUUAAUCAAUUAUGGAACAAUCUUUAAAAUAAUAAACAUUUAGAUUUUCUCUUUUUCUUUGA